AUGGCUGAGGCUGUUGUUUCAAUUGUCACUGAAGGCCUAAAGCCGCUUGGAGAUUUCAUCGUUCAGGAAGCCAACUUUUUAAGUGGAGUCGGAGAGCAAGUUGAGCUUGCACGAACCGAGCUACGACUGAUGCUGGGCUACCUGAAAGAUGCAGAUGCCAAACAAGGAGAAGACGAAGUGGUACGCGUUUGGGUUGCAACUGUUAGAGAUGCUGCUUAUGAUUUGGAGGAUGUGAUUGAGACUUUUGUCUUGAAAGUGACUUCCAAGAGGAAAGGAAGCAUGACAAUAGUCCUGAAAAGGUGUGCUUGUAUCUUGAGAGAAGGAUUUUAUCUUCAUAAGACUGGGUCUGAAAUUGAGAAGAUUGCAACCAAACUUUCUAAGUUGAGGUCCAGAAUGGAAUGUUAUGAUAUCAAGGCAAUCGGGUCAGGGAGUGAAGGUAGUUCUUCAUCUGUUGAGAGGCAACAUGAUCAGAGGCUAACCUAUGCUCAUUUCAGUGAACGCCAUGUUGUUGGGAUAGAAGGCGAUGUACAGAUAUUGGCUACACAUUUGUUGAAAGAAGAAGAAGAUCAAUUUCACCGAGUAGUUUCCAUUUGGGGGAUGGGCGGUUCAGGAAAGACGACCCUUGCAAGACAAGUUUAUCAUCACAAUAAAGUUAGGCGUCAUUUUGAUUCUUUUGCGUGGGUGUGUGUAUCUCAACAAUAUGAAGGAAGAGCUGUUUUGGAAGAAGUUUUAAUUAAGCUAACUGCUGCUACCAAAGAGCAAAGAGAAGAAAUUGAAAGAAAGAAGAAGGAUGAAAUAGCCGAACUCCUCUAUACUCUCCUCGAAAAUAUGUGUUGUUUGGUGGUCCUUGACGAUGUUUGGAACACUGGUACCUGGAACUCUAUAAAAGCUGGAUUUCCAGUAAACAAGAGAACAAAGAGCUGCAUAUUGCUCACGACACGCAACAAAGAAGUAGCAUUGCAUGUAGAUGAAAAUGGUUUUCUUCAUGAAUCUCGGCCACUAAAUGCUAAUGAAAGCUGGAAAUUGUUCGAGAAUAUAGCUAUCUUUGGAAGGGAUGAUACAGUGGCUGAAAUUUAUGCCAAGAAGGAAGAACUAGGAAAGAAGAUGCUUCAAAAGUGUGGAGGUUUGCCAUUAGCUGUCAUUGUGCUUGCAGAACUUCUAGCUAGAAAAAGAACAGUUGAUGAGUGGUAUAAAGUGUAUAAGAAUGUUGAUGUAUAUAUAAGGAGAGGCACAGACAUUGAACCAGAAUACAAAAAUGAAGGCUAUAAAGGUGCGUCAUGGGUGCUGGCAUUAAGUUAUGAUGACCUACCAUAUCGCCUAAAGUUAUGCUUUCUAUAUUUAGGCCAUUUUCCCGAGGAUUAUGAGAUACCUGUGAAAAGAUUAACUCAAUUAUGGAUGGCAGAAGGUCUUAUAUCUUCAACAUCAACAGACAUGAUUGAAGAUGUAGCAUAUGGUUGCUUAAAUGAGUUGGUAGAAAGGUGUAUGAUUCAAGUUGGAAAAUAUGGUUCAACUAAGAAGAUCAAAACAUGUCGUCUCCAUGAUCUUAUGCGAGACUUAUGCUUGUCAAAGGGAAAAGAGGAUAACUUUUUUGAUAUUGUCAAUUUUGCUUCCACGGCUAACAAGGCAGCACCUAUCGGUAAAGUUCGAAGACGUGCCAUCUAUUUGGACGAAAAGGUUGAUUGUUUAGCCCCCACAAGACAUGAAAGAGAUGGCCAACUCAGAGUUUUGAAGUUUGAAGAGAUGCGUUUUGAAGUAAAGUUGCCCAGUAAUAUUGGGGAUCUUGUCCACUUAAGGUUUUUAAGUCUGAAGAAUAGUGAAAUGAAUCAAUUGCCAUCAUCUGUUGCUAGUUUGGGGUGUUUGCAAACUCUAGAUGUACGAUGUAAAGAUAAGGUGGUGGUGAAAAUACCUAAUGUGUUUUCAAAGAUGGAACAAUUGAGACAUUUAUACAUGCCCUAUAAACACAGCGUAAGUGAGAAGCUGUCAUUGGCUAGUCUUGGCAGUUUGCAGACGUUAGUUCAUAUUUCGAACCAAGACUCUGAUUUCAAAGAACUUGUUCAAUUAAAGAAUCUUAGAAAGCUGUCAGUACAUGUAAGGUCAAGGAAUUCUGAAAUAUUGGAGGAAAUCUCGGAAGCGGCAAUCUUCACAAUUAACCGUGUUCAGUCUCUCUGUGUGGUGUCUACUUCAACGGAUAUAUUAAAAAGUAUAGUAUAUAGAUGUCGUCAUGUAUCCAAGCUGAAAGUAAUGGGGCCAAUUGGAAAUUUACCUGAAGAUCUCCCAACCUAUCCAAACCUCACCAAGCUAACGUUGUGUGGUACAUGUCUCGAGGACACCCAGAUAGAAAUACUAGAGAAGCUGCCAAAAUUACAAACCCUUUGCCUUGGAGAUGGAGCUUUUGGGGCUGGUUGUGAAUUGGUUUGCUCGAGUAAGGGCUUUCCUUCUCUUGAAGUUCUUUACCUUAAUGGUUUGUCCGAAUUAUCCUAUUGGUGGGUGUCCGAAGAAGCCUUGCCUAGCCUGUGCAGAUUGUACAUUGAAAAUUGGAUUACGUUGGUGGAAGUUCCAGAUGGGCUGCAAUAUGUUUCUACCCUUAAGGAAAUAACCAUAAAGUUGAUGCCUGAUACAUUCUGUAGUCGCCUUCAGGAAGGAGGAGAGGAUUUCUACAAGAUCGAACACGUCCCUUCUGUUUUAUUUGAGAGUAUUGUUGCUGAGCAGUGGGACGAAGCUGUAAGGAAACGUAUGCUGCUUGCCGAGAAGAGAAGGGUUGCACUGUAUGUAAAGAAGGCUGCCCUACAAUUCAUUGAUGCUGGCGGGCAUAACUGA